AUGGAAUCUACACUAAUAGAUACAUGGUGGGCCAUAACCACGACCCUCCAACGGGUCCCGGUUGUUUCUUCGGACACCGUAGCACCGAUAAAAGCUUUCAUUUUCCGUUAUCAAGAAGCUGAAGCAGAUGGAAGGACCAUUCACCAAUACCAUCGCCGGCGUCUUCUCCAUUUAGAAGCUGGAGUCGGAAGAACGAUAUGGACGAAUCAACUAUCAAAGGGUUCCCAGCAGCGUCUAUCUCCCGAAAUGCAAGCCGAAGGAGCACCACCAACCCCAUCAUGUUUUCGAACUCGACGGGGUUGGCAAGCAAAUCAAGAGGAAGAAUGGGUAUCAAUAAAAGUGAAGCCAGGAUGGAAAGAAGGAACAAAGAUAACAUUUGAAGGGAUGGGAAAUGAGGUUCCAGGAGGAUGUCACCCAGCUGACAUAACCUUUGUGAUUGCAGAGAAACAGCUUAAUUUGUUUAGGAGAGAAGGCGAUGAUUUGGAGUUGGUAGUAGACAUACCUCUAGUUGACGCUCUUUCGGGUUGCACCAUUCCAAUUCCUCUGCUGGACGGGAAGAAGAUGGAUUUGAGUAUUGGUGAAAUCGUCCAUCCUGGCUAGGAAAAGAUCAUUGAAGGACAAGGCAUGCCAACCAAAGAUGAAAGACAGAGAGGUAAUUUAAAAUUGCAUUUCCUAGGUAAUUCCCCCGAUGAACUAACAGAUGAUCAACGUUCCGAUGUUCUUAGAAUUUUGAAGCGUAAUGUUGAUUGAUUUGUAUAGUUCAAUCUUUAAUUAAUAUAUUCGAAACAAGGACUAUUGAAUCUA